AUGGUCGUAGUACAUUUUGACUCAACCAACCAGCAUGUACACGUGCAAGCUCGGAAGUUGCCGGCAGGGAGACAUGGAUGUUGCUUGGGACGAUAUUUGUUUUUCAAGGGGCAAGGUGAGACAGCCCCCAAAUUUUACCACCUGGCGAGCCCUCGAGCUGAAUCUGUGGUCACUGAGCACUGCGGUGCAGCGGAAUAUAACUCGAACAAGUGCUUGAUGCGAUUGCCCAUAUCGGAACUGCACGCAUUCGUGCAUGUAAGCCCCAAUCAACAUUGGCGCGUCCUUCGCGCUGACCUAAACCCAACCAAGCCCGGAGUUAACACAUUGUGUCAAUACCCGGCCGCGGGUCCAAUAUUUUGUUUACUUGGCUUAUACCCUAAUCGCAACCUUCGGUGCGUUUCCAGCUGCGCAAAUUCCGGUUCCAACCUCCCGGCACCUCGGACUCUGGGGAAAAACAAAUCAUCGGUUACGGAUAAGCCGCCCCCACUAGACAGGCCCAACGGAUACGCGAAAUACGUCGGCCACGAGAUAUCUAUCAUGUAG